AACUGGAACGAAGAAGAAGAAGAAGAAGAGAGAUUCCGUCAGGAAAGACUUCGGGAUAGAUAACCAAAUCGAAAAAAAUGGCUUUUGUGUCCAAUGGUGAUGAUUUAUUUGACCCCAUUAUCAUGGCCGAUAACAGGUUUCAUGUAGAAGGUUAUCAGGAAGGGUUUGAGGAGGGAACUCGACAGGGAACCAUCGAGGGUCGAAACCACGGGCGGCUGCACGGAGCCAAACUCAGUGCUGAGGUGUCUUUUUAUAAUGGAUUUGCUCUUGCAUGGAAAUGUCUCCUUCAAAAUGACAGUGAUGUUAAAGCGAGGAAAAGGCUGAAAGCUAUGGAGUCUUUGAUCGGAGUGAUCCAGAACUUCCCAUACGAAGACCCUCAGUAUGAGAAACUCCAAGAGGACAUGGAAAGAGUGCGUGCCAAAUUUAGACAGGUGUGCUCUUUACUGAACGUGUCAGCAGACUUUAGAGAAUAUAUAGGUGGAUCAACAGGAAUGUCUUUCUGAGACUACAGGAGUCUUCCAGCAGUCGUGGCAAACUCAUGAUGAUCAUCUGCAGACGCCGCCGCUCGAGAUGAGGCAGCUUUUGGUGUUCACAUGCAGUGUGUACAGCUGUGGACCGUCAUCACUCUCACUGGAGUCGUACGGCAGUUCUUAAUGCUGAAUUCUAGACAACACUCAAUAG